GGCAACAUGGCGGCGUCCGUGAGGUUGCUUGUCCGUCAAGCGAUCCGACUUUCUCACAGAAACAUCACCGUUACAGCCGCCGGGGUUUCUGCUCGGCCGUCCUGUCGAUGUUUCAGCGAAUCAGCCGAAGAAAGAAGUACGCAUUUUGGUUUUGAGACCGUGCCGGAAGCAGAGAAGGCGAAAAGAGUAUAUAAAGUUUUUGAGAAUGUGGCACAGAAGUAUGACAUAAUGAAUGAUGCCAUGAGUUUGGGGAUUCAUCGACUGUGGAAGGACAUGCUGCUGCAUGCGAUGCAUCCGCAGCCUGGUGCUCGGCUCCUGGACGUGGCGGGUGGAACAGGUGACAUUUCUUUCCGUUUCCUGGAGUACGUUCGCUCUCAGCGGGAGCGGCAACAGAGGCGGGCGGUACACUUCGGCCAGACGCUGUCAUGGCAGGACAUUUCCAACAGCUACUCCACGAUAGAGACGGACGGGCCCCGGGAGUCAACGGCUGUUGUCUGUGACAUCAACAAAGAGAUGCUCAAAGUGGGAAAGGAGAAGGCUGAGAGCUUGGGCAUCACUGCUGGUCUAUCAUGGGUGGUUGGCGACGCGGAGGAACUGCCCUUUGAUGAUGACCAGUUCGAUAUAUACACCAUCGCCUUCGGCAUUCGAAACGUUACUCAUAUAGAUCAGGCACUGCAGGAGGCUCUGCGGGUCCUGAAACCUGGCGGCAGGUUUAUGUGCUUAGAGUUCAGCAAAGUGACAAAUCCCCUGUUAGCAAGGCUUUAUGAUGCGUACAGUUUCCAGAUAAUCCCAGUGUUGGGAGAAGUUAUUGCUGGAGACUGGAAGUCUUAUCAGUAUUUAGUAGAGAGCAUCCGCAAGUUCCCCAGCCAGGAGAAGUUCAAAUCCAUGAUUGAAGAUGCAGGUUUCUAUUGUGUGCAAUACUACAAUUUCACAGGUGGAGUGGUGGCUCUUCACUCUGGUUUCAAGCUGUGAGAUGCACUCUGAAUGCCUUCUGUAAAAUAUCGAAUAAGUAAAAAGUCUGGCACUGAGUUUCAGGCUUCUCUGCAGUACGACUGUACAGAGUUUUCAGACUUGAGUUUUCUAGCUUGAGGCUUCAGAGCGCCUUCCAUCUGCUCAUUGCAGAAUGACCAAAGGUCAGAGAACAUUUAUUAAAUCCAGAGGAAUUAUUACGAAAACUGCCCUUAAUAGAUCUCACUGUAUGUGUACUUGUACAAAUGGCAAGAUGAUUUUUUUUUGGUAAUGUGUUUUGGUGAUGAAUAAA